AUGUCUUUAACAUUAAAACCUGAAUUGAUUCUUUGUACAGAUGAAAAUAUUGAAGACUAUAAGGACCCAUGUAUGGAAGCUAGCUUUGAAAUAGUUUAAAUACAAAAUGAAUUUCAGAAGGAGAAAGAGAUUGAUACAAACAGAAUAAAAACUCAAUCAGAUGAGCAUUAAACAUUUAUAAAAACAAGAAAAUAUAGAUCAUCAUAAGAGUUACAGAUAAAACCUGCAUUUUAGAAUAACAACCGAGAAGUUUUUGAGAAUUCAGGAAAAAUAUAAGCCAAAUCAAUUAUGGUUUCAUAUUUAGUAAAGAGAUUUUUGACUAAAUUAUCAGCAUCAAGAAAGCAUCGAUUAUUUUUUAAACAUAAACAUUUUUAAAUAGUUGGAGAUAAAGCAAGUGGUGAAGAAUAAAAUUUAGGAGAAAUAAAAAGUAUUUAAAGGAAGAAAAAAGACUAAUCAAAUAAUAUUUUAAAGAUAGUUUUGAACUUAAUCUUAGAAUGCCCUAAUUUUGUAUCUUCAUUAUUCAGAUAAUUACCUAUUAUUUAUCCAUAAGAUAUUCAUAAAAUAAUAUGGGAUAUAUCAUUUUGUUUUGUUUUAAUUUACUUUUUUGUUAUGAUUCCUUUAGAGUUAGCAUUUAAUAAAGGGUUAUUAUAUUAAUAAUGUAUUUGGUUGACAGUGCCUUUUUGUUUAUUUUUAUUAAUAGACUAUAUUAUGAAAAUGAGUACUGUAUAUUAUGAAAAUGGAUAGCCAAUCAUAGAUAAAAUUAAAAUAUUUAAGAAUUACCUUAAAAAUGGAUUUAUUAGGGAUGGAUUAGCUAUUCUUGUAAUAAUUUUUAAUUUUUUUAACUAUUUUUAUAUUUAGAGUUAUUGGAUUAGUUUGUUAUAGUUAUGUUUUGUUAGCCAAUUUUCUUAUUUUGCUAAAAUAAUUAAAAAUGUAGAAGAAUCUAUAAAUUUGGACAAGACUUCAUCCUCAAUUUUAAAUUUAGCAAAACUUUUAUUAACAAUAUUAUAUAUAGUACAUGUAUAUAGUUGUUUAUGGUUUUUAAUUGGGGAUUAUGGAGGAGAAAUGAAUUGGAGUAAUUGGUUGGAUGAUCGCCAUUUAAAACAUGGAUCUAGUUUUUCUUAAUAUUUAGAAUCUUUUUAUUUUUCAACUGUGACAAUGAUCAGUGUAGGAUAUGGUGACAUUGUACCUCAAAGUAAUUUAUUAUUUUUAUUAAAAAGAUGAAUUAGAAAAGGUCUGUACAAUUUUAUUUAUGCUUACAACUUGUAUUCAACUUUCUUUUACAAUUAAUACAGUAGCAUAAAUAUUUUCUUCUAUUAAUCAUGCAACAGAAAAUACCUCAGAGAAAAUCAGGAUAAUAAAUAAAUAUAUGAGUAAAAAGAAUAUCAGUUUUGGGUUAUAAUAUUAGUAAAUUUAAUAUCAUUAUCAUUUAGAAUAAGAUAAUAUAUAAAAAUAUAUUGGAGUUAAUAAAUGAAAGAAGAGAAUGAGUUGGAAGAAGUACUUAUUAAUUCCCUUUCAGAGAAUUUAAAGAACAAAUUAAUUGAAGAAGCUAAUUCUUCAAUUCUAGACAAAUGUGAAUUUAUAAAAAAGACAUUUACUGAUUAAACAAAAUCAAAACUAAUUAAAUUGCUAAAAACAGUUUUUAUUAAUCCUGAACAGACAAUUACUUCUUAAUUACCUUAAUUUAUAGAACCUUGUCUUUGUUUUAUAGAAUCAGGAGAAUUACAUUUAUAAAAUAAUAGUCAAAUAGAUAAUUCAGAACUGAUUAAAUUUCAUUAAGGACAAUAUUUUGGUCUUAAUGAAUUAUUAACAGGUUAAUUACCAACUUUAUAAUUGCAGAGUGAAUCAUUUGUAUAAUUGGCAAUUUUGUAAAGAAGUGAAUUCUUAGAAGUUUUGAGGGAAAAUCCAAUUGAUUAUGAAACAUUUUGUGCAAUCAAAGAUUAAAUUUUAAUGCAUAAUUUGAAUAUAUAAAGCAAAUGUAUGUCAUGUAAUUGCAGUGGACAUACAAUUUAAAAUUGUCCUGUUGUACAUUUUGUAGUGGAUAAAGAAAAAGUUAUUAAAAGCCAUUAAUUUUAACAUAGUUAAAAAAGAGAAUACUUUAUGAGAAAAAGAAGACCAAGACACAUGUUUCAUCCUAUAUUGGAUUAAUGGUUUUUGUAUUAUUUAUAUCUUAAUCAUAGAUCUGAAAUGAGUAAUAUGUUUAGAAAUCAUGGAGAAUGGCCAAUAAUUUAGUUUUAUUCUAUAUCAAAUAAAUUAUUAGAACAAUAACCUGAUAAAAUUGGAGCAGAAUCUCCUACUGUAAGAAUUCGUGAAGUUACAUUAAGCAAUAGUAACAGAUCUUAAUCUUAACUUCCUAAUCUACAUGAUAUUCUGUAAAUAUAAAAACUUGAGAUGCAAUAAAACCCUUGUAAAAUUAUAUAGUAAUAUUUAGUUCCUCAAAAUAAAACAAUGAGAUCGAAUUAUAAAAGAGCUAGUAUUAGAGUUAAAAAUACUGGAAUUAGAUUAAAAUUUUAGAAAAUAGUAAAAAAAAUAAUUAGACUGAGACAUUUCUCAAGUGGCUUUUAAAAAAAGUCAGAUUCUUAAAAUUAACUCACACCUUAAUCUCUAUUUAAUAAAAGUAUGUAUUGGGUUGUUACUUCUUAUUUUAAAUAACCCUAAUUAGAAGAAUAUCUUUGUAAAGAAGAUUUUGAAAAUCUUUCUUUUUUAAACAAAAGAUUAAAUUUAACUAUUAACUAAGAUUUAGAUUUAAAUAAAUAAUUUGAUUGUUCCAAAGAGUACUUACAUUAUUUAAAUUAAAACAAUUUAUCAUUAGUUUUGGAGUAGCUAAAUGAAAAAUCUGUAAUGAAAAAAAAAUCUUAAUUUUAAUGUCAUUCAUAAACAACUAUAAUUUUACAACAAAUUUUAAAUUCAUAGGAGAAACGAAAGAUGUAUUUAUAAACUUAUCUAAUAAAAUAUUUAUCUUAUCCAAAUGAAUAUUUUGAAAAGUUCCAUAAAACUAAGAAAAAAAGUUGUAAAGAUGAGGAACUAUUAGGUGAAAAAAAACGAGAGCUUAUUAAAAGAUUUUCCAAUAAAAAAAGUCUAAGAAGAUCAAAUAAUAUUAAUGAUUUUUAGAAAUCAAUUUAAUAAUUUAAUAAGUUAAAUAGGGUUUUGCCAACAGAUUUUAUGUUAGAUACUCCUUGA